UUAAAUUUCCCAGCUAUGGUUCACCAUAUGUAUUUCCUCUUGCUCAUAACACUAGCAGGCCUUCACGGCACUGCCCAUGCAGUCGACUACGACGUCACCAACAAUGCCGGAACCAGCGCCGGUGGGGUUCGAUUCGAUAACGAUAUCGGAGCCGAGUACAGUAGGCAAACUCUAAUAUCUGCCACUGACUUCAUACGGAGGUUGUUCCAGCAAAACACAGCCGCUGAUGGAAAGAGUGUCCAAAAGAUCAGUUUGGUAAUUGAAAACAUGAGCGGGGUCGCAAAUACUAGCAACGAUGUGAUCCACGUUAGCGCCGACCACAUAGCUUGUUACCCCGGCGAUGUGAAGAGAGAGAUCACCGGUGUGCUUUACCAUGAGACAACGCACGUGUGGCAAUGGAAUGGGAAUGGUCAAGCCCCAGGGGGUUUGAUUGAGGGAAUUGCUGAUUACGUGAGGUUGAAGGCAGGGUACGACCCGAGUCAUUGGGUGAAGGCAGGGCAGGGGGAUAAGUGGGACCAGGGAUACGAUGUUACUGCUAGGUUUUUGGACUAUUUGAAUGGUUUGAGAGAUGGGUUCGUGUCUGAAUUGAAUAGCAAAUUAAGGGAUGGCUAUAGUGCUACAUAUUUUGUUGACUUGCUGGGGAAGAAUGUUGAUCAGCUUUGGACGGAAUACAAGGCCAAGUAUGCAAACUAAUGAAGGUGGUUAUGACUCUCAAGACAUAAUAUAAAGGCUUGCAGGCCCAUGUAAGCGAUGGUUUAAGUGAAUUAAAUGUUGUAUUAGAGGUUAUCAAAUAAAUAAAUGGUGGUGCUAGAUUGAAUUGAA